AUGUCGGUCUCUUUGAUCGAACAUCCUGAAACUAUGGAUGAAACCGGUCGACCUAAGCAAGGCGGUUUACUGGAUCCACGUAUGGGAACUAUUGACAGAAAUUUUAAAUGCCAAACUUGUGGAGAGGGCAUGUCAGAGUGCCCUGGUCACUUUGGUCAUAUAGAACUCGCUAAACCUGUGUUUCACGUUGGAUUUCUACCAAAAGUCAAAAAGAUCUUGGAGUGUAUCUGUCUUAAUUGUGGUAGAUUGAAAACUGACGAAUCCAACUCAAAAUUCAUCCAAACAAGAAGGAUACGUGACCCAAAACGUCGUCUUCGUGCAGUUUGGGAUAUUUGUAAAACAAAAAUGAUUUGUGAACGAGGUGAAAACAACGAGAAUGAGAAUGAGAAAAGCAAUGAUAUCGAAGAAAUUGAUACAUCCAUCAUAAAGCCAAUUCAACAAUUACCUAUAACUGAUGAAGAUUUAGGGCUAGGUAAAAGAAAGAAAUCACAUAAUGGUUGUGGUUCUCGUCAACCUAUUGUCCGUAAAGAUGGUUUAAAAUUAUACAUUUCAUAUAAAAAUAGAGAAGGCGAUGAACAAGCAGCUGCUCAAGACACUAGACAGCCUUUUACACCCAGUCAGGUACAUGCCUUAUUCAAAAAAAUACCAUCACAAGAUCUUGUAGCCAUGGGUCUCAAUGAAGAUUUUGCUAGGCCUGAUUGGAUGAUCAUCACAAUACUUCCUGUUCCACCUCCACCUGUUCGUCCAAGUAUACAAGUUGAUGGAUCCGGUAGAGGUGAAGAUGAUUUAACUCAUAAAUUAUCAGACAUAUUAAAAGCAAGCCAAAAUGUAAGACGUUGUGAAACCGAAGGACAUCCUAACCAUGUAUUAAACGAAUUCGAAGCAUUGUUACAGUUUCAUUGUGCAACCUAUAUGGAUAAUGAAAUAGCUGGACAACCUCAGGCAUUACAAAAAUCGGGUAGACCAUUAAAAUCCAUAAGGGCUCGUUUAAAGGGUAAAGAAGGUCGUCUUAGAGGAAAUCUUAUGGGUAAACGUGUGGAUUUCUCUGCUCGUACAGUAAUUACUGGUGAUCCAAACAUAUCAGUUGAUGAAGUUGGCGUACCUCGUAGCAUAGCUCAAAAUUUAACAUUUCCAGAACUAGUAACACCUUUUAAUCUUCCACAUUUACAAAGUUUGGUUGAACGAGGCCCUACCGAACAUCCUGGUGCUAAAUAUGUUAUAAGAGAUACAGGCGAAAGAAUAGAUCUCAAGUACACAUUAAGCUCAGCCUCUAGUGUUAGACUACAAUUAGGUUGGAAAGUGGAACGUCAUAUUAACGAUGGUGAUAUAGUGAUAUUUAAUCGUCAGCCGUCAUUACAUAAAAUGUCAAUGAUGGGACAUAGAGUUCGUGUGAUGCCAUAUUCAACAUUUCGAUUAAAUUUAUCCGUGACAACUCCUUAUAAUGCUGAUUUUGAUGGUGAUGAGAUGAAUAUGCAUGUUCCUCAAUCCGUCGAAACCAAAGCUGAAAUAUCCGAAAUUUGCAUGGUACCAAAACAAAUCGUAUCGCCCCAAUCGAAUAAACCAGUCAUGGGUAUUGUGCAAGAUACUUUAUGUGCUGUUCGUAAAUUCACAAAAAGAGAUUGCUUUUUAACAAAGGAUCUUGUGAUGAAUAUAAUGAUGUGGGUAUCUAACUGGGAUGGAAUCCUUCCUAUACCAUGUAUCAUAAAACCAUAUCCUUUAUGGACUGGUAAACAAAUUCUAAGCAUGAUCAUACCUAAAGGUAUAAAUUCUGACAAUCUUCGUCAUUCUACUCAUCCUGACAACGAGAAUACAGAUAUUUCACCUGGUGACACUAGAGUAGUAAUAGAAGAUGGUGAAUUGCUUUGUGGUAUAGUUUGUAAAAGAACUGUUGGAACAUCCCAACAAGGAUUGGUCCAUGUAAUAAUGCAAGAAUUAGGCCCUGAGAGAGCCAAAGAAUUUUUAAACGGUUGUCAAGCUGUUGUAAAUCAAUGGCUUUUACAAAAUGGAUUUAGUAUAGGAAUAGGUGAUACAAUAGCAGAUAAAGAAACCAUGGUAACAAUUACACAAACUAUUGAUGCAGCUAAACAACGAGUACAUAAAAUCAUUAUAGAUGCUCAAAAUAAUAAAUUAGAAUGUUUACCUGGUAUGACAAUAAGAGAAACAUUUGAAAGCAGGAUUAAUAAAGAGUUGAAUACAGCUCGUGAUUCUGCGGGUAGAAGUGCCGAGAAAAGCUUACGUGAAGAUAAUAAUGUUAAACAGAUGGUAAUCGCUGGUUCAAAAGGAUCUUUCAUUAAUAUUUCUCAGAUGACAGCUUGUGUCGGACAACAGAAUGUUGAGGGUAAACGUAUACCUUUUGGUUUUAAAUUUCGUACUUUGCCACAUUUUACAAAAGAUGAUCAUAGUCCAGAAAGUAGAGGUUUUGUAGAAAAUUCCUAUUUACGAGGUUUAACACCACAAGAAUUCUUCUUUCAUGCUAUGGGUGGUCAAACUGGUUAUAUCCAACGUAGAUUGGUAAAAGCGUUAGAAGAUGUAAUGGUGAAGUAUGAUGGAACAGUGCGUAAUUCAUUGGGUGAUAUAUUACAAUUCUGUUAUGGUGAAGAUGGAAUGGAUGCUUAUAAAAUAAUUUCUGAAUAUAAUCAAUUAAAAGAAGAUAGAAGAAUGUUACAAACAUUUAUAUUUCCUAAUGGUGACAAUAGGUGGCCAUUGCCUGUUAAUAUAAAAAGACUUAUAAAAAACGCACAACAAAAAUUCAAUAUAAGAAACUCACAGAAAAUAGCAUCUAACCUGCAAUAUGUUGAGGUGAUCUCCAGUGUUGAGGAAGUAAUCAAGAAAUUAAAAGUAAUUAAUGGAACUGAUAAAAUUAGCGAAGAAUCGCAGGAAAAUGCCACAUUACUUUUCAAAAUUUUGCUGAGGUCAUGGUUAUCCAGUAGACGCGUUAUUGAAGAAUAUCAUUUAAAUCAACAGGCUCUGCAAUGGGUAUUGGGUGAGAUAGAAUCACGUUUUAGAAAGGCACUGGUAGCUUCAGGUGAAAUGGUUGGUACAAUAGCUGCACAAUCAAUUGGUGAACCUGCAACGCAAAUGACUUUAAACACUUUCCAUUAUGCUGGUGUGUCAAGUAAAAAUGUUACGCUUGGUGUACCUCGUCUAAAAGAAAUCAUCAACGUCGCCAAAAAUAUAAAAACACCAUCUGUGCAUAUUUUCCUUAUUGAUAAUUAUUCACGAGAUGAGUACUUGGCAAAAGAAAUUCAAAGUAUUAUUGAAUACACAACAUUAAAAACCGUCACACAAAAAACAGAAAUUUGGUACGAUCCUGAACCAUUUUCUUCAUUAAUAGAGACCGAUAAAGAUUUCGUGGAAUUGUUUUUCCAGAUGGAAGAAAAUAACAACCACAAUUCUUCAACAGGAUAUCAAUCACCAUGGGUUCUACGUUUUGAACUCAAUCAUUCAGUUUUACUUGAUAAAAAAUUGCCUAUGGAUGUGGUUGGUCACAAGAUACAAGAAGAUUUUUCUAGAGAUAUACAUGCAAUUUGGAAUGAUGAUAACAGUGACAUGAAGAUUAUUCGUUGUCGAAUAAUAAGUGAACCGGGUACAACAAAAGAUCAUAUUGAAGAGGAGAAUGGAACAAAGAUUGAGGAAGAUGUAUUUUUAAAACGUGUGGAAAACAAUAUGUUAAAUACUAUCGGUCUUAGAGGUAUCAAAAAAAUCAAUCGGGUGUAUUUGAUUGAAAGUCAAAAAACACGCAUUUAUGUCAACAAUGAGGGUAAAAUAACUAAGGAAAAUGAAUGGGUACUGGAAACUGAUGGGUCAAAUUUACAAGAGGUUUUGAAUGUUCCAAAAGUUGAUUAUACACGUACAUAUUCAAAUAACUGUGUGGAAAUCAUGCAAGUAUUGGGUAUUGAGGCUACUCGUGCUGCCUUAUUAAAAGAACUUCGUGGUGUUAUUGAGUUUGAUGGAUCAUAUGUGAACUAUCGUCAUUUGGCACUUUUAUGUGAUGUGAUGACUUCUCGAGGUCAUCUAAUGGCAAUAACACGUCAUGGUAUAAAUCGUGCCGAGACAGGUGCAUUGAUGAGGUGUUCUUUUGAGGAAACAGUAGAAAUAUUAAUUGACGCAGCAGCAGUUGGUGAAGUAGAUGAUUGUAAAGGCGUAGCGGAAAAUAUAAUGUUGGGUCAAGUAGCUCCUUUGGGUACAGGUGAAUUUGAUGUAUAUUUGGAUCAGGAAAUGUUGAAGAACACUCCUCCUGUUGGUGAAAGAAGAAUGAUAACUGGUGAAACCACCGAUGAAAUCCAACAUCCUAUUAAAAAUAAUCUUGGUGCCAUGACACCACGUAUAACGUCUAGUAUGACUCCAUAUAUUUUAGGUGCUCAAUCGCCUGGAGGUUAUGGCUCAACACCAAUGUAUAUUAGUCCUAAAUCGCCUAGAAUUGAUCAACCUUCUUCUCCAGCAUUUUCGCCACUUUUGGACUCCGGUAGUGGUAAACCUGUUAUGGUUGGGGCAGGAUUAUACGGAUGGAAUGAACAGGCAAGUCCUAUGUAUGGACCAACAUCUCCACAAUAUUCACCAAGUUCACCUAUUCCAGCACAAAUAUCAUCAUUCACUCCCACUAGUCCUGCGUAUAGCCCUACAAGUCCAACCUAUUCACCUACAAGCCCUACAGGAGGUUACAAUAUUAUGGGUGGUGUAUCAACGAAUAUGCCAAUUGUUACACCAUAUAGACAACAAAUUGGAACUAGCCCAUCAUAUUCUCCAACCAGUCCAUCAUAUUCGCCUAAUUCACCUAGCUAUUCACCAACAUCUCCAAGUUACACUCCAACAUCUCCAAAUUAUACUCCAACAUCUCCAAAAUAUUCACCCACCACAUCAAAUUAUUCACCCACUUCACCAAGUUAUUCACCAACAUCACCUAAUUAUACACCAACAUCACCAAGAUAUUCAUCUACUGCUCCUUCUGCACAUUAUUCACCAACAUCACCAACAUAUUCGCCCACCUCACCAAAUUAUUCACCCACCUCACCAAGUUACUCGCCAACAUCACCUAAUUAUACACCAACAUCGCCAAGAUAUUCAGCUACUGCUCCUUCUGUGCAUUAUUCACCAACAUCACCAACAUAUUCACCAACAUCACCAAGUUAUUCACCAUCGUCGCCUCAUUAUUCACCGUCAUAA